AGCUUCGCCAACGCACUUGUCGCAACUUUAACGCGCGCUUUUGUUUUGCUAAAGCAAACAAUUGAAUGUAAAAGUAGUUAAUAGCCAAGUGUUUGAAAAAAAGGCAACAGUUUUUUAUAGAAUCAUAAAGCUAAAAAGAUGACGUCAGGUAUACGACCCAUCGAUGUACUGCUGCAACGCGCCGGUGUGCGUGGUCAUCAGCGCGCUCCCUCCGACUCCAAGGAGUUUCACGAGGUCACCAAACGCGAUGCACUGCGUCUGCUGGAGAACGAUGUGGACCGACUGCUGGAGACAACAGAGCCAGCUAGGCGUCCAGCGCUCAAGUCGGAAAUGGAUCGCUUUGCGGAUCUCUUCGGACGCUUUUUGCAAGAAGAGGGUCCUGCGCUGGACUGGAACAAAAUCCAGAAGCUGCCUGAGAACGCCGUAAUGAACUAUUCUAAUUUGAAGUCCCCAAAGAACGAACAGAAUGAGAUUCGGAACAUGUUGGACAAACUCGUGGUGAUUAAGCUCAAUGGUGGUCUGGGAACCUCGAUGGGGUGCCACGGACCCAAGAGUGUUAUACCCGUGCGCUCCGAUCUCACGUUCCUCGACUUGACCGUGCAGCAGAUUGAGCAUCUCAAUAAGACGUAUGAUGCCAAUGUACCGCUGGUGCUGAUGAAUUCCUUCAACACGGACGAGGAUACUGAGAAGAUUGUGCGCAAGUACAAGGGAUUCCGUGUGCAGAUACAUACCUUCAAUCAGAGCUGUUUUCCACGUAUAAGUCGCGAACAUUUCUUGCCCGUUGCCAAAGACUUUGACGUGGAAAAGGAUAUGGAGGCUUGGUAUCCACCUGGUCACGGUGACUUCUACGACACCUUCCGCAACUCAGGUCUGCUGCAAAAGUUCAUUGGCGAGGGACGCGAGUACUGCUUCUUGUCCAACAUUGAUAAUCUGGGCGCAACGGUCGACUUGAAUAUUCUCAAUAAGCUAGUGGGCGAGGAACGUGCCAGCACGCCCGUUGAAUUCGUCAUGGAGGUCACCGAUAAGACACGUGCUGACGUUAAGGGUGGCACGCUCAUUCAAAUGGAGAACAAGCUGCGCUUGUUAGAAAUCGCUCAAGUGCCCCCGGAGCAUGUGGAUGACUUUAAAUCUGUAAAGACUUUCAAGUUCUUCAAUACCAACAACAUCUGGGCCAACUUGGCGGCCAUUGAUCGUGUGCUGCGUGAACGCACUCUCAACAUGGAGAUUAUUGUGAACAAUAAGACAUUGGAGACCGGUCUGCGUGUCAUACAAUUGGAGACUGCUGUGGGUGCUGCAAUGAAAUGCUUUAAUGGCGCUAUGGGCAUCAAUGUUCCGCGCUCGCGUUUCUUACCUGUAAAAAAGUCCUCCGAUUUACUCCUGGUCAUGUCGAACUUAUACACAUUGAAGAAUGGCAGCCUGGUGAUGUCUCCACAGCGCAUGUUCCCCACGACGCCGCUCGUUAAGUUGGGCGAGAACCAUUUCUCCAAGGUUAAAGAGUUCCUGGGCCGCUUUGCGAAUAUACCCGACAUCAUUGAGCUUGAUCACUUGACAGUUAGUGGUGAUGUGACCUUUGGACGUGGUGUCUCUCUGCGCGGCACUGUGAUUAUUAUUGCCAAUCAUGGCGAUCGUAUUGAUAUACCCGCCGGUGCCAUACUGGAGAACAAAAUUGUGUCAGGCAACAUGCGCAUCCUGGACCAUUAAUCGCACUGUCAUUAGCCGAAUGCCAGCUGUUGUCCCAUUAUCUCUGUAGCGUUACAAACUAAGUUUAUGUAGUAGGCAUGUUUGCAGUUCCAAUUUAUGAGAUUCAUUUAGCCAAUUGUUUUAAGCACAAAGUGUCAUUAAGUAGAGGUUGCAUACUAUUUACAUCAAUGUAUAAGAGUUGUGCUUCAAAUUUAUAUAUAGUUAAGCUGAACAGCAAGAUUUCAAAUCUCACAGAGCGCGCUUUCAAAUAAUAUUUGUUAAAUUUCAAUAAAAAGCCUGUUUGUAUAUUUA